CCGCCCGAGCCCCCCGAAUCCUCAAGCCGGGCCCAGCCCAGGGGCUGAGGGGCGACAGAGAGAGAGGAGCGGGCCACCGCUCCCGCCCUGCCCGAUUUCUGCCCUGCCCGUGACCCUGCUUUUGUUCUCGUCGCUCCCUCCCGAAUGGGACCCCAUCCCUGUCCUCAUCCUGUCCCUGUUGCUGCCUCUGCCCAGCCUUCUAGACUCGGGCCCGAGGGGCUGCGGGCUGAGGUCGACGCCUCGGGUCCUCGGGAUGGGGGCUGGAGAGGGGAGGCUUAGCGGGCACGGGGAGGAACCCCGAGGAAGUGUGGAAAGCACUGGGAAGCGUGUCCCCGACUGUGGGGCAGGGAGCAAGCUUUGCUGUCACCCAGGACAAGAUGGGAAGAGGAUGCCUCCGGGGAGAGGGAGCUCGGGUGGGUAGAAUGAGGGGCGCAUGAACCCUUGAGCGCAGGGGGAGGUCAGAGAGCUCUCGGAUCUGAGGACCAAGCCAAAAACCUGGCGUGCGGAAAGUUUCAGACUUUGUAACUUUGUCAGCAAAGGGGCCUGCUGCAUUGAUGUGAUGGGAGGUGAACGGGUCCCCUCAACUCCUCAAACCACUCCGUUCCCACCCGAAAGGGACAUCACCCCACGUUUGAAACUGGCAGGAAAACAGCUAAACAGAAUGAUUGCACAAACUCUUGAAAGGCGUCCAAGAAACAGUGAAGUGGAAAAAAACGUCAGCGCGCAGGGAGAGUGGAGCGGCUCGAGAUUCCCCAGUCUCGCCGCUGGCCGCGGGGACUGAGGCCGGCUCCGAGGUCGUCGGCGCCGCUCCUCCCCCCAGGAAGGAACCCAGGCCCGGGCGGCUGCUUUUGUGGUUUCGCUUGGCUUUUACCUCCCUUCUGGCUCCUGAGCAGGCCUCGUUGCCUCUUUCAUUCACGUGGAAAUAGGGGUGUCUCAGGAGGCAGGAGGUGCAGGGGAUAGCCCUGGCCUUGGCGCCUCCCAGCUGGGAGACACUUUCCCAGACAACCACGGAUAAAAGAAGAUACUGCUCUGAGGGUUGGACGGCAGCAUCUUCCCUUCCUCCCAGCCCUGCCUCCUCCUGCCCCGAACGGAGCUCAGUACAACUUUGUUUUGCCUUUUACUCUGGGGAGAGAGAAGCAGAGGAUGAGGAGAAAAUAAUGAAUGUCAAAGGAAAAGUGAUUCUGUCAAUGCUGGUUGUCUCCACUGUGAUUGUUGUGUUUUGGGAAUAUAUCAACAGCCCCGAAGGCUCUUUCCUGUGGAUAUAUCACUCAAAAAACCCAGAACUUGGUGACAACGGUAGUCAGAAAGACUGGUGGUUUCCAAGCUGGUUUAAUGACAGGACCCACAAUUACCAAGGGGAAGAAGACAUAGACAGAGAAAAGGAACAAAGAAGGGAAGACAGCGAAGAAGAGCUUCAGCUAUCGGACUGGUUUAAUCCACAGAAACGCCCAGGGGUUGUGACAGUGACCAGAUGGAAUGCACCAGUUGUGUGGGAAGGCACUUACAACAGAGGCAUCUUAGAAAAUUACUAUGGCAAACAGAAAAUUACUGUGGGUUUGACAGUUUUUGCUAUCGGAAGAUACAUUGAGCAUUACUUGGAGGAGUUUUUAACAUCUGCUAAUAGGUACUUCAUGGUUGGCCACAGAGUCAUAUUUUACAUCAUGGUGGACGAUGUCUCCAGGUUGCCUUUGAUAGAGCUGGACCCUCUGCGUUCCUUCAAGGUGUUUGAGAUCAAGGCUGAGAAGAGGUGGCAGGACAUCAGCAUGAUGCGUAUGAAGAUCAUCGGGGAGCACAUUGUAAGCCACAUCCAGCACGAGGUCGACUUCCUCUUUUGCAUGGACGUGGACCAGGUCUUCCAAGACAACUUCGGGGUGGAGACACUGGGCCAGUCGGUGGCUCAGCUCCAGGCCUGGUGGUAUAAGGCAGAUCCGGACGAAUUUACCUACGAGAGGCGGAAGGAGUCGGCAGCAUACAUUCCCUUCGGCCAAGGGGAUUUUUAUUACCACGCGGCCAUUUUUGGAGGAACACCCAUUCAGGUCUUAAACAUCACCCAGGAGUGCUUCCAGGGAAUCCUCCAGGACAAGAAAAAUGACAUAGAAGCCGAGUGGCAUGAUGAAAGCCACUUAAACAAGUAUUUCCUUCUCAACAAACCCACUAAAAUUUUAUCCCCAGAAUAUUGCUGGGAUUAUCAUAUAGGCUUGCCUUCAGAUAUUAAGACUGUCAAGAUAUCUUGGCAGACAAAAGAAUAUAAUUUGGUUAGAAAUAAUGUCUGACUUUAAAUUGUGCCUGUAAUUUUAUGAAUUUCAGAGAGUAUCAUUCUGGCUACUUUCUCAGAAAAGUAACAUUUAAUUUUAACUUAAAAAAAAAAUACUAACAAAACACCGACCCAGCCAAGUACAUGCUAUUCUUCCUUGUAACUUUGAGCCUUAUAAUGCGGGAGAAUGAACCUAUCUAUGGUAAUCGGAUGUAAAUUCCCAGUGAUUUCCUAUCUAUUCUGGGUUUGGGGAAAAUACUAUCAGCUGAACUAAAAGAAAAAAAAAAAAUCACAGACAAAGAAAAAGCCAGAAAUACUCUACAUGUGCCAGAUAAUGUACUAUAGAAAAGGGUGCUAAGGGAAGUGUUUGGCAACGAGAUACAAUUGUCAGGAAUGCUCCCUGUAUUCCAGUGUCUUCCUGUUUUUGCUGGAUCUAAAGGAACAUAUAGUUGCUUUGCAGCAGGAGAACUCUGGGGAUUCGGUCUCCCUUGGCACUCCUCGAAUGGCUUCGAUAUCGCAUCACUUCGGGCCAUUUGUAAGUCCAUGUCCUUUUCUCUCAGGAUGUUAUUUGGCUUCUGUGAGAAACACUGGUCGAGAUUCUCAGUGGAUAGCACGGUGGUGAAUGUUUGGAGUCACAGAGAAUCUGAAGGAGCCAAUGUGUGCUCAGGAAGUGAAAACGAAGCCUCAAAGUGAGUUUGCCCUGAAAUGGCAAAGAGAGAGAGUGGAAAGAAAGGGGGCUGGUCACCGUGGAGAAUGCCACCACAGAGGAGCACAGGACAUGGGGUUGGCGCUUGAAUGCAGCAUGUAUCUGGGCCCAGAAUGGGGAGGGGACAAUGUGGAUGAUCUCCAGCCUCCUCGAUCCCACAAUAACCAGAGUGGAGGAGGCCUGAAUGGAAGAUGCUUCUUGUUUUGCCCAAGUUGCGUUCAGUCUGCUAGAUUCUGCAACUUGUGUCUUCAGAUCUUUGGCAGAGGAGGUGAAUGGUGUCAGAAAAGACAAAAGACUAAAGUAGAUCGAAGAGGGUGGCGAGGAGUUGCAUUUCACAGACCUGGGCUUCAUGGCAGUCAGUUAUCGCUGAUGUGGGCUUCAUGAUAAUCAGUCAUCGGCAAGUCCCUCUGCCACCCACUCUAACCCUCAGGGUCCCUCUGCCUACAUCUUGCCCCACUUGGAGGGCUGGCAUCAAGGAAUGGAUCGGAGGAAGAGCCUUCUCAUCAAGUAACCUGUCAUUUCCCCUACGCCAUCUGCACUACUGAGGUGUAACAACCAGACACAUUUAAUAAAGUGGUUAAUUGAUUUUCUAUCAAGAGCAGAGGGGAUGGCAAUGGGAGACCCAGUCCUCACGACUGAGCAGCUUAACAUUCAAUUCCCUUCUCUAAGAGAAGUUAUGAAAGUCUACAUAUUAUUUAAAGUCAAGCAAUUCAGUGUAAAGGAAGCUAAGAGGCAACAUUUACAUAUGCAGGUAUAUUUAUAUUUUGCUCGUGUUCCAGUUAGGUCAUUUGUUUCCAUUUCUAAGGGAUUUAUCUGAAGAACCACGACACUGGCUUGGUGUUCAGCACAGUGGGCUUCUCCGCUAAAGGAAACCUACAUUUUCUCUACCGUUGCUUUGUGCCUCCUCCUGCUCUUCACUUCUUGCCAAAAAAUACCACAAACCGACAAAACGAAACCAACGAAAAUCCUGGAGAAGUGGACUUUGUAAAAGAAAAAGGAGAUCACAUGUCAGUUAAGCUCCCGCUUCUCUGUAACUCAAAUUUUCUAGGAUUCAUUCUGGAGUAGGGAAAAUUAACGAUUUAAGACCCGAACCAAAGAAAUGAUCUAUCCUGAAAGAAAAAGGGCUUAAGUUUACUUUUGAGGAAAUCUUGAUUUUGUUUUUAAUUCAUUUAAAUUUAAAUCCCAAGUGGACAAACUAAAAAACUCAUUAAUAGUUAUUCUUAAAUGUUUUUUUUUUUAAUAAUUUUCUUUAUGUACAACUGAAUAAAUUAUUUUCUCAGUA